AAAAAAAAAAAAAAAGAAAGGCAGAACAGGAACAGGACAGCUGAAGCCGCCGACACGGGAUGAGUGGUCGCGAGCCAGGGCUGGAUGUGGAUUGCCAACACAGGCAGUAGGUGACUGAGAUGGGCGUUCGUCUAGGCCGCUUGAGCGACUCCCCGUGGUGGCCGCCGCCGCUGCUGCUGCUACUGCUGCUGUUGCUGCUGUGCGCUGCCCCCUGCUGCUGGGGCCGGCCCUUCGGGAUCCCCGCGCCGGCGGUGAAUGUGGCGGUGGUGUUCAGCGGCUCGGCCUACCAGACAGAGAUCAAGGGGCGGCUCAGCAGGGAAAACUUCAUGGACCUGCCUCUGGAGGUGAACCCCAUCACUGUGCUGGUCAAUAACACCAACCCGCGGGCCCUGCUCACCCGCAUCUGCGACACCCUCACCGCCAACCGCGUGCAUGGCGUGGUGUUUGAGGACAACGUCGGCUCGGAGGCCGUGGCGCAGAUCCUGGACUUCAUUUCCACGCAGACAGCGGUGCCCAUUGUGGGCAUCAGCGGAGGCUCUGCAGUCGUCUUGCCAUACAAGGGUGAAGGCUCCACCUUCCUCCAGCUGGGCUCCUCCAUCGAGCAGCAGAUCAACGGCAUGUUCAAGGUGAUGGAGGAGUACAACUGGGACAGCUUCGUGGUCAUCACCAGCCUCUACCCGGGCUACGAAACCUACGUGGAUUACAUCAAGUCCUUCACCGACACCAGCUACUUCAUGUGGGAGCUGCAGGAUGUGCUGACGUUCGACAUGUCCGCUGAUGGCAUGAACGACAUCCGGGCGCGACGGCUCCUGCAGCAGAUCGACGCCCAGGUGCUGCUGGUGUACUGCUCCCACGAGGAGGCGCAGUACCUGUUCACUAUGGCGGCUGAGGCCGGACUGGUGGGGCCUGGCUACAUCUGGAUCGUCCCCAGCUUGGCGGUGGGGAAUCCGGACAUUCCCCCGCCGGACAGCUUCCCUGUGGGGCUCAUCAGCAUCAUCACAGACCGGUGGAGGAUGAGCCUGAGGAAGAGGGUGCGGGACGGGGUGGCCAUCGUGGUCAAAGGCGCGCAAAGCUUUAGGAAACAGAGAGGCUACAUACCCGAGGGCCACAGUGACUGUCAAAACCCGGUCAAGCCGACCAACAAUGACACUCUGUUCAGGCACAUGAUGAACGUCACCUGGGAGCACAAUGACUUCUCCUUCAACAGCGACGGCUACCUGGUCAACCCGUCCAUGAUAAUUAUCACACUGGACAGAGAGAGACAGUGGGACAAGGUGGGGACCUACGAGUCGGGUAUUCUGCAGAUGCGAUACCCCGUGUGGCCGCGGUACGGGUCCUAUCUGGAGCCGGUGUCAGACUACAGGCAUCUGACGGUAGCCACCCUGGAGGAACGGCCAUUUGUUAUUGUGGAGGCGGUGGACCCCCUGACAGGCACAUGUGUCAGCAACACUGUGCCCUGCCGGCGACAGUCCAACAAGACAGAAGCCAUCGUGGGUCACACUGAGCCCUACACCAAGCUGUGCUGUAAGGGCUUCUGUAUAGACAUCCUGAAGAAGCUGUCCCGCACCAUAAAGUUCUCCUACGACCUUUACCUGGUCACCAACGGGAAGCACGGCAAGCUGGUCCGGGGAAUUUGGAACGGGAUGAUUGGCGAGGUGUUCUACAAGCGGGCAGACAUGGCCAUUGGUUCACUGACCAUAAACGAGGAGCGCUCGGAGAUUAUUGACUUCUCUGUACCCUUCGUGGAGACGGGGAUCAGCGUGAUGGUGGCUAGAAGUAACGGGACGGUCUCACCCUCGGCCUUUCUAGAGCCAUACAGUCCAGCGGUGUGGGUGAUGAUGUUCGUUAUGUGUCUGACCGUGGUGGCAAUCACAGUGUUCGUCUUUGAAUACUGCAGUCCAGUGGGGUACAACCGCAGCCUGGUCAGUGCCAAAGAUCCCGGAGGCCCCACCUUCACCAUUGGGAAGUCCGUGUGGCUGCUGUGGGGAAUCGUCUUCAACAACUCAGUUCCCAUUGAGAAUCCAAAGGGCACCACCAGUAAGAUUAUGGUCCUGGUCUGGGCUUUCUUCGCUGUCAUCUUCCUGGCCUCCUACACGGCCAACCUGGCAGCCUUCAUGAUCCAGGAGCAAUACAUCGACACAGUCUCUGGACUGAGUGACAAAAAGUUUCAGAAGCCACAGGAGCAGUACCCGCCGUUCCGUUUUGGUACGGUCCCAAAUGGCAGCACAGAGCGCAACAUAAGGAGUAACUACCCCGAGAUGCACUCCCACAUGGUCAAAUACAACCAGAAGGGAGUGGAGGAUGCCCUUAACAGCCUCAAAACAGGAAAACUGGAUGCCUUUAUUUACGAUGCUGCUGUGCUGAACUACAUGGCUGGGAAGGAUGAGGGCUGCAAGCUUGUGACCAUUGGCAGCGGGAAAGUUUUUGCCACCACAGGUUAUGGCAUCGCCCUGCAGAAGGAAUCACACUGGAAACGCCCCAUCGACCUCGCUCUGCUCCAGUUUCUUGCUGAUGGUGACACUCAGAAGCUGCAGACCGUCUGGCUCACAGGCAUCUGCCGUAAUGAAAAGAAAGAGGUGAUGAGCAGCAAACUGGACAUUGACAACAUGGCGGGCGUUUUCUACAUGCUGCUGGUGGCCAUGGGCCUCAGCUUGCUGGUGUUUGCCUGGGAACAUCUGCUCUACUGGAAACUACGACACUCAGUCCGCAAGUCAGAGCGCCUGGACUUCCUGCUCGCCAUCAGCAGAGGCAUCUACAGCUGCUUCAAUGGGGUAGAAGAAACUGACCGCAAUGGCAGCAUGCAGAGUCCAGACGUCACCACCAACUACACACAAGCCAAUAUGCUGAAGAUGCUAAAGACAGCCAAGGACAUAGUGUCCUCAGCCAGAGUGGAGAACUCUCUGGACAACGCCACCAAGACCAUAGAGAACUGGAGCAGGCGAGGGGCCGACAAUGUGCGGGUUGGCCUUCCACCCAGAGUGGCAACCACGGACAUGGUCCAUGGUCGCCUGCCCUACAUCUCCAGCAUCACAGAUAACCACUCUCCCUACCCUCAGAGGGCCCUCACACCCACGUUCCCCAUUCAUUAUGCAGACACGUCCAGCCAGUCACUGCUGGAUAAGCCCAGGGUGGUUACCCGGCCCACUCCGCUUCGCUACACCCUGCCUGCCCGUGCCAGUCAACACAUCUUUGAGAGGACUCUGCCCAUCUCCAGCCUCAGCAGCCCUCACAUUGCCAUUAGGGACCCUUCAGCCCCCAGCACCUCUAACCCCCACCACAGCAGCAGGCUGUAUGUGGAGAAUCAGGCCCGGCACCCAUCCUCCCCUUUUAUCCCAUACCGGGAGUUCCAGGUGCCCGAUAUCUAUGUGGAAAACAAAGGACCACUUAGGAGGAAGUUCAGCUACCCCCCUGACUGUGUGAGCCGUAAAAAGAGGUCCCACAGCUAUGUGUUUGAUGCUGCAGACCCCCGAGUGAGAAAUGACUAUGAUGAACCUACAGCCUGCCUUGCUGAGCUGAGGGCCAACCACCUCCUGAAUAACCACGCCCCUGCUGCUGCAGCCAUGGCCUGUGCUGCGGGUCACUACCCCAGCGGCAGCACCAGCUGCAACUCCUGUAUGAAGUCCUACCUGGAGCCUGAAAUGGACGACAUACCGCUCCUGGGGAAAGACAAACUCAACCGCCGCGCCUCAUUUCUCAAAGCCACUUGGGGCAGCGAUAGGAUCCGGCAGGUGGAUGAGACGAAGCCUUCUACAUCCACAUCUCACCCCACCCGCGCAGACAUGCCUGACCUGUUCCCGCGAGUGGUGGUGGCCAAUCCAAAGCCCCACAAACUCUACGGCAGCCUGGGGAACAACCUGUCCUGCUACCCCCUGGCUGCUGAGCCUGCCUACUUGGACCCGGCCCACAUGGGUUCCUACCCCUACAAGCAAAAGCUCAAGUACUCUGAAUCCACCCGGCUGCCCUCUUAUAGGGAGGCCAUCCUCCAGAACGCUGCCGGCCUGCGCCGCUCCUCCUCCACAGUGGUGCACAGACACUACUCCACCUACCUGAACUCUUACACAGACUUACCAGUGUACAUGGGGCCGAUGGCCCAGGGACCGGCCCAGUUCUACGACAGCUCCAAGGACAUGUGCCACUUAAUCCCGUGUACCAGCCACUGCCCAGAUAAUGCGGCAUUCCUGCCUCGUAUGGGCGACAGGCAGGUGGUUUAUCAGAACAGCAUGUUUGGCACCUAUGAUGGUGCAGGAAAGCGGGACGACCCAGGGUCUGGGAGCAGAGAGCGGAGGCAGGUUUUGGUGGCACGCAGAGUCAACAGUCCGUAUGUGCCAAAGCCCUGGGGCAGGGUAUCCAGUCUGGAGUCUGAGGUUUGA